AUGAGCAUCCCAUUUCCUAACCCCCAACACAAAGUGACAGCUGACCUAUGGAUCAGCAUCCCAUUUCCUAACCCCCAACACAAAGUGACAGCUGACCUAUGGAUCAGCAUCCCAUUUCCUAACCCCCAACACAAAGUGACAGCUGACCUAUGGAUCAGCAUCCCAUUUCCUAACCCCCAACACAAAGUGACAGCUGACCUAUGGAUCAGCAUCCCAUUUCCUAACCCCCAACACAAAGUGACAGCUGACCUAUGGAUGAACAUCCCAUUUCCUAACCCCCAACACAAACUGACAGCUGACCUAUGGAUCAGCAUCCCAUUUCCUAACCCCCAACACACAGUGACAGUUGACCUAUGGAUGAUCAUCCCAUUUCCUAACCCCCAACACAAAGUGACAGCUGACCUAUGGAUCAGCAUCCCAUUUCCUAACCCCCAACACAAAGUGACAGCUGAGCUAUGGUUGAGCAUCCCAUUUUCUAACCCCCAACACACAGUGACAGCUGACCUAUGGAUGAGCAUCCAAUUUCCUAACCCCCAACACAAAGUGAGCAUCUCAUUCCUAUUAACACAAAAUGACAGCUGA